GAUGGUGAAGGAGGAGACCGAAGAACUGAGUGAAGAUGAGGAGAAACAUCAUGUCAAAAGUGAAAGUGAAACUCACACAAAUCCAGAAGACAGUAUCUUAAUGGAAAGAACAGCAGUGAAAGAUUUAACCUGCACUCAGUGUGGGAAGAGUUUCAAAUGCAAACAGAAUCUGAAGUUUCACCUACUGAUCCACACUGGAGAGAAACCACACAGAUGCGAUCAGUGCGACAAAACAUUUUCGAGGGCUUCACAGCUGAAGAAACAUCUUAGAGUUCACACAAAAGAGACGCCUUGUUUAUGCCUUUUAUGUGGAAAGAGUUUUUCACAGCGGUCACAUUUAAAAGCGCAUCAGAAGAUCCACACUGGUGUGAGAGAGUUUGUCUGCUCUGAGUGUGAGAAGAGUUUUAUCACAUCUGGAGACUUGAAAAAGCACCAGAGGAUCCACACUGGAGAGAAGCCGUACGUGUGUUCACACUGCAACCAAGCAUUCAGGCAUUCGGGAAAUCUGAAAACACACGAGAGGACUCACACUAGAGAGAAACCGUUCACAUGUACUCAGUGUGGGAAGAGUUUCACACAAUCAUCACACCUUAAUUCACACAUGCUGAUCCACACUGGAGAGAAAACGCACAGAUGUGAUCAGUGCGGCAAGACAUUUUUUAGGCCGUCAGAUCUGAGGAUCCAUCUCAGAGUUCAUACAGAAGAGAAGCCGUAUUCGUGCUCUGAGUGUGGAAAGAGUUUUGCGCAUCCGUCAUAUUUAAAUGAGCAUCAGAAGAUCCACACUGGUGUGAGAGAGUUUGAGUGCUUUGACUGUGGGAAGAGUUUUAUGAAAGCUGGAAACUUGAAACGACACCAGACGAUUCACACUGGAGAGAAACCGUACAAGUGUUCACAGAGCAUUCACGUGGAUUAAAUCCUCCAGGCUAUGUGCACAGCUAGUGUUUUUCAGCCACUGAUAAACUUCUGGUGAAAGCCUAAUGAUGCUGUUUUCAAGUUCGUAAGGUUCCUUUUACAGCAUCAAUGUUGUAAUGUAAUUACAAUACCUUCAGUUAAAUAGACUUGAGCAUUCAUUUAGUUGUGCAAGUGUAAAUGUAAAUGCUAUUGCCGACAGCACCAGCAGGCGAGCGCUGAAACUCCAUUGAAAAUACUGAGGUAAAGAUAAAUGUCCUUAUUUUAAAGAGAUGCCUGGGAAAGUGUCAUUUAAAUCAGUGCUUCUUGUCUGGUCUGAGGCCCCGUUUACACUAAUACAUUUUCGUUUUAGAAUGAAAACGAUCCGCGUCCACACUAGUGUUUCACUCAGCGUUUCUGAACAACUCUCCGUCUAUAUUACACUGCUGAAAACACAUCACGUGACCACACACACACUCCGGCAUGCACUGCAGUGUGUUUUGAGUUCAUCUACCCAAGUGAGAGCUGUGCUCGUCAAACUGUUUAUCAAGGAUCCACUGGAUCUAAUCUCACUAUAUUUGUUAAACGGGAUAUUUAAUUUAUCUUGUUGUGUAUAUCUGACGACAUAUUCCCCAACUUUGGUAUUUUCAAUCUAUUAUUGUUCUCAGGUAACGCGUUUUGGCUGAGCGCAAAGAUAAGUUAAUAAUUAAUGUAUCUGUGUACACUGAUUCAGUAUAUUGACUGAUCGCUUGCCUUUAUUUUCUCUAUUGUUUAAACGUAUUGUAUGUUACACUUUUAUAACGGCCAUUAUUGAUUAUUAAAACUGAUAUUCAAUGAAAGAGAGGGUGUGUUUCGUAUUUUCGAUGAAAAUGAAAGGAGGCAGUAAUGUUAUAGGCUUCGUUUUGUUAUAAAUAUGCACACAGUGAAGAUGACGCUCAUAUAAACAGUAGCUACACGACGCCUCAACAUUUCUGCUGUCUGUUAAGUUAUAAUAUCUAAUAGCUAAUAUCAAAAUGAAAAUAGGCAGUUCCUCAUAUCUUGUUUUCAUUUUAUUGUUAAGAUAGUGAAACGGCAUAGCCUGCAGGGUGAUGUGAAUGAGGUUAUAAAGUACACUGUUCCCUUUGGAGAUUUACCCGAUGUGUCCUCAGGAGUUUGUUUUCCAUAUCAAACUUGCGAGGUCUGAACUUACAAGAGGAUGCAGGACUGAUCUGUGUGUAGGCUACUUAAUAUUGAGGGAAAAGCCCCAAUCAGAGAGGCGAAUGUCUGCAGCCAUGCCUCCGUUUUCAGAUGUCUCCGUUUUCCCCCAUCCACACUGAGACAGAGCAGCAGUGUUUUACAAUGAAAACACCCUCUUCAGCGUUUUCAAAACACUCCGUUUUCGGCGCUCGAAAACUCUGGCGUAGUGUGGAUGGAUGGUGUAACCGUAUCAAAACCUAAGCGUUUUAAAGCGAAAACGUAUUGGUGUAAACGCGGCCCGAGACUCACUUUAUAUCAUAUAUCUAUCAGGCAGUGAUGAUCGCUGAUUUUUAAAGAAGUCAGAUCUUAAACGUGGUGAUUUUGUAAUGGAAAGACAGUUCACUGGAAGCGCUUGGGCUGACUGACUGAAAAUUAAAAGUCUGUGUGCACACACCCUUUUGCAGCGAGUCUAUGACAGAUUUCCAUCAAUUGAUGGGAUUCUGCCUGUCUUUUUAAUAAAUGCCUUAAGGCGCUUUCACACCUAGACUUCUGUUUCGGAACCUGGCAUCAUUACUAUCAGUAAAUGUGUGUUUCAUGUCAAAUACGAAAGCGAAAGCAUGCUGAACUAUUAACAAGAGCUGUUCAUCUAUUAGGACAGCUGACUGAACUGCAGUCUUGGUUUAUCUGUUAUUUCUCUCUAUAAUGUAAAGCCUAUAAUGCAGAAUUCUUCAUCAAGUUUUUUUCCUCGCCACUGUCACCACUGGCUUGCUCGGAUCGGGACUUGAGCUGUGCAUCCGUGGAUUCGCUCUACAGUGUUUGAAACUUAAGCAGUGAAACUCUGAAAUCUGGACUUUACUAGAUCUGUGUUAAGCUGCUUUGACACAAUCUACAUUAUGAAAAGCGCUAUAGAAAUAAACAUGAAUUGAGAAAGUCUUACCUCUGAUUUCUAUUUGGCGACGAUAUCUGUGGUAGGUGUCACCAUUCAAUAUUAAAGCACGGCUUUUCUCUUAUAACGUCUCAUGGUCUUAUUCAGAAAUUAAAAUAAGGACGCAUGACAGCUGAGCGGGCUGAAAAAUAAACCAUUGAACUCUGA